AUGGACCGAACAGACGCCCUUCUGAAGGAGCUUCACUUGAAGGACGCGGUUAUUGCAGAGCUAAAGGCGGGGAGCAAGAAAGACAAAGAUCUGCUGAACACUGCGUACAAAAAGAUAACCAGCCUGCAGGGAGAGAUAGAAGGACUGAAAGAAGCACUGAGAAAAACAAAGAAAGCUGUGGCUACGCAGGAAAGAAGAGCCAGCAGCAUGGAGAAAAAGGCCCGCGUGCACAUUAACAGGUCGCUUAGUGUCAUGAAAGAGCCGCAGAGAGUGGCUGCGAAUAGAAUACUGGUUCUCGAGUGGAUAGUCAGAGAGCUGUCAGAACAGAGAAAUCUUCCUGCAAAUGAGAUAAUCUCACUGUCGGAGAUAUGCACAGAAAAUGACCCAAUGCUUAAAAAUAUUCUGCAGGAAAAAGAGGAAGAGGUCUGCAGCGAAGACUUGAUAGAUUAUCUAGAUAAGAAUGGCGUAAAGAGUAUUCUGGGCAUAGAUAUAGACCAGUCGAUCAUUGACGAUUGA